AGGAAAAGUUUCGUGAAGUGUCAAGCUCCAUCUCAAUCUGUCAAGUCUUCCCCUCCCCUCACCGCAACCACCACAACCAAACGCAGGAUCAAACUUCUUUGCGUCCAUCACAUCCGUCCAAAAUGGCUCCUCAAGCAGCGAUCAAGCGCGCCGGCAAGGGCAAGAACCAGAAGGUUACCAAGAAGUUCAUCAUCAACGCUUCCCAGCCCGCCUCCGACAAGAUCUUCGACGUCGCUGCGUUCGAGAAGUUCCUCCAGGACAAGAUCAAGGUUGAGGGUCGCGUCGGCAACCUCGGCGACCAGGUCCAGAUCUCCCAGCAGGGUGAGGGCAAGAUUGAGAUCAUUGCCCACAACGAGCUCUCCGGCCGCUACCUCAAGUACCUCACCAAGAAGUUCCUCAAGAAGCAGCAGCUCCGUGACUGGCUCCGUGUCGUCUCCACCUCCAAGGGUGUCUACGAGCUCAAGUUCUUCAACGUCGUCAACGACGAGGCUGAUGAGGACGACGAGUAAACGGUUUCUAUGCACUAGUCAGGUUAAGGUUACUUGGGUCGGCAUGGCACUGGAAUUUUGGCAAGGUUAAAACGGAAUACCAAAAGUUAGCACCUUCGUGUGCCUGUUGAUCUGCCA